AUGGCAGACGCUGUUAGACAGGGGUUCAUCUGUCCUUUUUGUAUGACUGAUCUUGGCGAUUUUCCUCGAUUGCAAAGUCAUGUCGAUACCGUCCAUCCCGAAAGAGGUCAAGAUUUAACCGAGACUGUCAUCGAUAAUGUGAAAGGAUUUUUCGACAAAGCGAAAAGAGGUAUGAGGAUCCUCGAUGCAAAAAUGACCGCGGAAUUGUCACAGGUGAAUAUUGGUGUUUCGAACAGUGUUGCUGAUCUAGCCAGCAUGGCAUCAGCAGUUCAAGAAAGGGUGAAUGAGAAGGCUAGAGUCACACGCCCUCCAGCGGUUAUUCGACCACCUCCUGUUAGGGCAGAGAUUGGAGUAACGCGGUCCAACACAGAGUACUUUCACAAGGUUAGGGAUUCUUCGGUUAAUGAAAGCGCUGUAAGGACCAAUAUGCUGAUAAUUCGACUUGAUCGUCUCAUCAAUGAGUGCCCUGUUGAUCCAGCGAAAAGAAAGGAGUUUGAACGGGAAGUAGUACCAUGGUCAGCUGAUUCGGAAUCGUUGCACUGCACACGGUGCGCAACGAAAUUCAGUAUAGCGAGACGUCGCCACCAUUGCCGCCUUUGUGGUCGCGUGAUGUGCCAUCAGUGUAGCAAAUUCUUGUCUUUUUUAUCUGCUAGAAAGCUGACGAAUCCUGCUUUGGCGGCAGAAAUGUUGAGCGGCGACAAAGCAUCUACUACUGUACAAGUAUCUCCAUCUCAUAGUCGCCGUCUUUUGGAAAUGACGCAGAAAACUACUGGAAAGGUGAUCUCGUUCAUUGAAGGCGCCGUUUCAAAGAUGCAGACGACGGAUGGCAGUGAAGAUGCUAACGAAUGUCUGCGAGUGUGCGGAUCAUGCAUGGCAGAUCUUAGUAGGAGGGAACUGAUGAUGGAGCAGCGAAAUCCACCAAUACUCGCUGAACAGUAUGAAACACUCGAUCGGAUGAUUGCAGAAGCUUCAGCCAUGGUACCCAGCUACUCACGUAUGGCUGAUAGUAUCAAUAACGGUGAGACUAUGUAUACACUGGCGGCUGCGGAGCAGGUUCGUGGUCGCCUUCUUCAGAAGCAACGCGACAUUGACUCCCUCAGUCAGACCAUAGCCGCUGAAGCAGAAAAUGAACGAUGUGGUGUGAGAGAAGCACAGCUAAGAAAAAAUAUUCGAUUUACUUGUCUUCAAACUCUACAGGGUAUGGUUUUGUCAAUGGUUUCGUUGCCGACAGAACAGCAGUACGAGAAACUCGUGGAAGCUCACAAAAAGGAAGUUGCUAAGCAAAUAGAGGAAUCCAGGAUGCGUAUAGCAAGUGAGAAUGUUGGCGUUCGAGCAUGCUCCUCUUUUCCGUCCAUUGUUUCCAGAGAUAAGCCUUUAUUGAGUGCAGUACAUGAACGCCCACGAAAACAAACCGACGACGGUUGGACACCACAACAAACCAAAGCUUAUAAUCCGUUCAUGGAAGAAGAAGACAGGCUUCAUCCGAUGUUCGAGCAGAGAGAUAUUAUUAAAGGAUAUCUGGCUCAAGCAGCCACGGCAGGUCGCCUCGAAGAAGUGGAGAUGCUCGAGCGAAAUCUGCGAGAUCUUGAAGACGAAAUGCUUAAAAUGGGUUUGAUAUCUCCGACAUGA